AUGAUGCAACAUGAUGUGAAUGAAAAUUAUGCACACCGAAAACGUUGUAGUCCCCAACAUAGAAAACGAGGUAGAAUUACACGACCACAAAAUGCAUUCAUUCUAUAUCGAAAAGAUAAUCAAGACGAAAUAAAAAAAGAAAAUCCAAAUGCGAAUUUUGAACAAAUUUCAAAAAUUAUUGGAGAACAGUGGGCAAAUGCAUCGGAUGAAACAAAAAAUCAAUAUAUUUUACUAGCGAAGCUUUGUAGCCGUGUUCAUCAUGAUAUCUUCCCAGACUACAAAUUUGAACCAAGAUUAAAAGGAGGUGAGAAAAAAAAAUCUAGCACUACGCCUAGGGAAUCUAUAGAAGAAUCAUCAAGACCAUGGUCUCCUCUAUCGUCUAUUAUGGUUCUGAGCGAACCCCAGCCCUCUUUAGAUGAGCAAACAUUUUCUCCUAAUAUUAAUAUUCCUCAAGAAAGUUACGGAGUAAUAAAUGUAUCACAAGAAACGCAAGAAACACAAUUCAUAACAGAAUCGCAAUCUUUGAUUCCUAUGACAGAAUUAAUUGAUUUAUUUCAGUCGAGCGGACAAUUUACAACAGAUCAACUUAUCUAUCCAAAUUAUCAUGAUUAUGAAACACAGUCAACAGAAAUAUUACCAUUUGAUUUCGAUGAAAAUGUUUACGUAGAUACAACUUUGCCUCUUUGUUUCGAUGAAAAUGCUAGUAUAGACACAACAUCGACUUUUAAUUUUAUUCAUAAUAUGCCACAAGAUCUUAAUAGUUAUUCACCUGUAACUGUAAAUCCCAAUUCUUUCUUAUUUGAUACAACUUUCACAUUUGAUUCCUUUGAAUCUACGGAUGAACAAUUAUACAAUAUUUUUGACUUAUCAAAUAUUUAA